ACACGGUGAAGGGUAAACAGUAGAACACACUGGAACACACUUCUGUGUAGAAAGUCUUGCGUUGUGGGUCGACAUCGUUCAGUCUGGAAGUAAGACCAACACAAUGAUAACCUCGAGUUUUGUGUUUUUCCUCGUGUUGUCAAUAGCACAAGCUGGUGUUUUGGUACAAGAUGCACCAAGUUGUCCUGAACAACACGGAGUUCAAGCUUACGCCCAUCCAGAAUCUUGUAACUUAUUCUUCUUAUGUACCAACGGGACCUUAACGGUUGAACAUUGCGAAAAUGGAUUGUUGUUCGAUGGUAAAGGAGCAGUUCAUCACCAUUGUAAUUAUCACUGGGCUGUUGACUGUGGACAUCGUAAAGCGGACUUAACCCCAAUAAGUAGUCAUGGAUGUGAAUAUCAAUUUGGUUUAUACCCAUAUUCCGCCGAAUGUUCAACCCAUUACAUUAAAUGCGCCUUUGGUGAUCCAAUCCCCCAAGAAUGCGAACCAGGAUUAGUUUACGACGAGAAAAUUCAUGGAUGUAAUUGGCCCGAUUUACUUCUUGAACAGUGUAAUCCAGAAGCCGUUAUUGGUUUUAAAUGUCCAACGAAAAUUCCCAACAACAGUGUAGCAGCGAAAUUUUGGCCUUACCCAAGAUUUGCAGUACCGGGAGAUUGCAAUCGUUUGAUUACUUGUGUUAAUGGACAUCCUCGUUUGAUCGCUUGCGGUAAAGGAAAAGCUUUCGAUCCGGCUACUUUAACUUGCGAAGAUGACGAUUUGGUGGCUCACUGUGGAGGACGUUAAUUACUCGAAAUUUGAAAAGAAAUUAUAAAGAAAUCUUGGUUUAAAUAAAAAAAAUUAAAAUUAAAAAUUUUUUCGCAAAUUUUAAGUUGAAUUUUGCCGAAAUAGUUUUGCCAUUUUUUUAUUGAUAUUGUUUGUCGGAAUUGUUUAUCUAUUUGUAUCAUAUUUGUAUUUUUUUUUGUAAAUAAUUGUAAAUGGUUGAAAUCAAUAAAAAUAAGGUUCGAAUUGA